CGUUAGGGGACCGCAGGCUUCUUUUCCGUGGAGUCGAGGGGACACCGACAGUCUCUAGGCUGGUGUUGCAGCAGCAGCUAUGGGGGUCGCGCCGCCGCCCCCGGCUCUGCGGCGCUGGUUCCGACACGCAAUUGCUCUUGCUGUCUUCGUGCUGAUGCUUUAUCUGAGCGAUCGGAUCCUCCGCUUCCUAUCAGGCUGCAGGCCCGAAGCACAGUCCUGCACUCCGGAAGGACCGCUGCCCUUCAAGGCAUGGCACGAGUCGGGACCCCUGGCAGCCCCAGGUUGGAAAGAGCCCCCAUGUCUGGGGCCUCAGGGCAUGCUGGGCCGGAUAAGAAGGUCCUUCGGAGCCAGUCUGAAGCCCGAAGGGGAUGUGGAGUUGUCGCAGUACCUGGCAGGAUGGAGGGAACUCGUCAGGUUCCUAACUCCCCUGGGCUCCAUCUUCGCUUUCGCCACGAGCGAGGCCUUCAUCAAGGUGACAGCCCUCGAGGCUCGCGUGCUGGGGCCAGACGCCGCGCACUACACGUCGCUGGCGACCAUGGCAGCGUGGGAGCGGCGCGUGGGGCUUCUGGAGCAGCCCGGCACCGCCCCCCGGGACUCGGCCCAGGCCUCCGGCUCGAGGACGCUGCUUCUGCUGCACCGCGCGCUGCGCUGGUCCCAGCUCUGCCUCCACCGGGUGGCGACAGGGACGCUCGGAGGCCCCGAUGCGGGCGUGCAGUGUGGCGACGCCUACCGCACCGCCCUGGCCCCGCACCACCCCUGGCUCAUCCGUCAGGCCGCCCGCCUCGCGUUCCUCGCCCUCCCGAGCCGCGACCGCUUGCUCGAGCUGGCGUGUCCAGCAGCCGGAGAGGCGGACGCGCGAGCUGCGUUGGCCGGGGCCGCCGGCACCCUGGAGCAGGUCUACAACCGCACCGAGGACCUGCUGGCCGGGCAGGGCCUGCUGCAGCUGGCCUGAGAACUGCGGCAGCGAGAAGAGCGCGCAGCGGGAACGCGGCUCAGCACAGCCCUGGAUCGCGCCCCAGGCACCCGCCCGGCUCACCCAGGGGCGGGGAGCCUGGAGAACCAGCCCUUCGGUGACGUCACCGCAGCUCAGCCCCGCCCCAGCGGGGUAUGGUUUGGGCUCCUCCCCGCAGCCGCACUCUCAGGAAGAUGGGAGGAGCUCAGAGAAAUAAAGUAUUUUUUCGGCAGGG